AUAAAGAUGGAGGAUGCGGUUACAUGUGCCGUUUGUUCCGAAGUGUACGUAACAGGAGCACGGGACCCUCUCGUGCUUCCGUGCGGCCAUACCCUCUGCCGUGCUUGUGUCACUUCAGUCAAGAACGCAGCCACGGAGAAACCCUUGUCAUGCCCCAUCUGCCGAACGUGUCACCCAUUCUUGUCAAUUUAUAGCCUUCCCGUCAACUUCAGUUUGCUGAGCUUGUCCACGACUUACCUCGAGAAUCAGGUAGAGCACUGUGCAGAACACGGGGAACCCUUGACCUACUGGUGUAGGCACUGCCGAACAGAAGUGUGUGGACUCUGCAUCCUGACGGGGCAUCUCCGGGACGGACACUCAGUAGUCACAACGGCCACGCUCUUGGAGGAGAAGAAGGAGGGCUUCGGGUCCGACGCGGCCACCGUCAUUCAUGAGGCGAGAGAACUUCAUCAGAAAACCUCGUCUCACUUCAAGACUGCUCUUGUAAGGCUCAUGUGCCUGAGUGUGGCGAAUGAAAGCCUGCUGGAGAUGGAGGAUACGGUCACCACGCUGCAGGAAAAGGUUCAGAAAGCCAAGAAUAUUGAUCACGUUCUUAUGCACGAGGCUCACCUGAAAGAACUGUUACCAACACAAAAAAUUACAAACUUGUUGAGUGAAACAAAUAUAUCCGAGUCCCGUGUUCCCAUAAGCACCACCAGGGAAUGCCUGAACGUGUUGCCAAUGCCUGUUACUGCUUCUGUCAUGCACGACCCGGACAACGACACGUCGAAUCGAAGCGGGUGCUCUGCGCCCUCCACCAACACAAACAUGAGUCUGCGGGAGUCGUUUGUGGCCAGUGGCUUCAUGGAGCAGUCCCAGCCGAGAACCGGCGGAGGAACCGGUCUCGGGGGGUUAAGCUGCCGGGUUCACAUGGGAGACGGCCGUCACGCCCACCUGGCGUGGCAGGACGACCAUCUCUUGCUUUACGCUCUCGCUGCCGCUGGUCCCGAUCCUCAGGUGUUGAUACAGUUCUCGGCGCUCGAGGGCCUCCUGGAGAGCGAUCGCCCCGUGGUAUUCCUGGAGCUCUCGGCCGGCGGGCUCCACCUGGGCCGUGUGUACAUCCGGCUGCGCGGCCACAUGCGGAGGGCGCAGCAGUUCCUGGCGCUCUGUCUUGGCACGCUCGGGGCCUCCUUCGUCGGCUCCUUCUUUUCGCGGGUCAACGACAAGGGCGAGCCCGGAGAGACGCUCGUCGGGGGCAAGUACUACUGCCAGCGGGAGAAGCGGUUCGUGGCCAAAGGUUUGAUCGACAGCCUGGAGUGGGGAGGCGAGCACGGCGACGCGGACAAGGCGGGCUACCUGGCGGACUACAGCGACGGCAACUCCAAGCACGACACGCUCUUCGGGAUCUGCACGAGCGACAACCUGGGGAUGGACUUGGUGAUCCCGGUGUUCGGCGAGGUGACGGCAGGGCUGGAGGUCGUGUCCGCCGCCGCCAGCCACCAGCCCGUCACGGACGUCACGAUCAUUCAGAGCGGGCUGGUGAUCCCGACCCGGCCCCUGCAGGACCCCCUCUGCUCCGGGAUGGAUUCGCUGUCGCUCGGGUAG